CAUCAUUGUCGACAAAAUGCUCGGGAGAAUCCUCGUACCAUUUCUUGCUAUGCAGGUGUUGGUGUCUGCAACGCCACAGCAGGGCCGAAGUGCAAGCGAUGUGAAAAUCACUAGCCUCGAACAAAAUGGCACGUCCACCCAAGGCAUUGGAAAUGUCGCAGCUGCGGGCAAUCUCACUCCGUUUGGCGGCAUUGGGGUAGGCUGCGGCAUCAACUGGAAGGCCGAUACGUCUUACGGUGGUGGUCUUCAAGCUGGUUCCAAAGACUUUGGGUUGGGCGGCGGAUUCACCAUCAAGCCAGAUUCUCUCGAGUUUUCAGCCGGUAUUGGUCUGAAUGAGGCGGGUGUCAGUGCCAAUGUACAGUUUGCAGGCGGAAAGGAUGGUAGUAUGCAGCUUUCUUUCAACACCUCAGCCCGCAUUGUGUGUACGCCAGCCACUGAGGGUCAGUUCACGAUCUUGACUUGCAAGACUGCUUAACGUUUAUCUUGGGCCAAAGAGAGAAGCCACAUUACUGGCUGGAAAAUACGAUGUGGACGGGAGCGCAAGCCGAAUUGAACCGAGUCGAUCCGAACCAUUUCACCGCAUGCUACCCAAUACAGCAUUUGCGGAAUUACUCAAUACAUAGAUACGGUUUCGUGUAUAAUCUUUAUUUAGC